AUGAAUCAAGCCAAACUCAAGAUUGGAUUCAUUGGGGCUGGGGCGAUUCACUUUGGUAGACCGGAAGUACCCUGGGAUCAUGCGUCGCGCCUGGAGAAGAUUGGCGGACUUGAGGUAAUUGGAAUUGUUGACCCUGACACCCGUCGGAGUGACGAGGUACUUAAGGACCGACUGGCCUCUCCGGACUACGGACACAUGUACACAAACUGCCGUCUCCUUGCAAACUACGAGGAGUUACUUGCAAUGAACCCGGAUGUUGUCUUCAUCGGCAGUCCCCCGGGUUAUAGAGGAUCCCCUUUGGGGGGAAAGAAUAUAGAACUUGAGUUCACUCGAGCUGGGAUACAUGCUUUUGUAGAAAAACCUCUGUCGGUUUUGCCACCAGAAGAGUUCUCGACCUACGCAUGCGCAGUAACGGAGGCGUGUCGGGUCAACAACAUCGUGCUGUCAGUUGGCUAUAAGUUUCGGUACCAUGCAGCCAUCCUAAAAAUGAAGGAAUUGAUUGCUCAACACGGCGGAAAAGUGAUGGCAUUCAAUGCCCGCUAUUACUUUGCCUACACCGAAGGUAUUAACAAAUACUGGUUCAACUCCGAUAUCAGCGGUGGACCAAUUGUAGAACAGGCUACCCACUUCUGUGACCUAGCUCGGUACAUUUGUGGGGAAGUCGACAUGUCGACACUAGAUACGCUCUUGCUAAACGAUUCAGACGAGGGCGAGGCCGGUAAGCUGAAUCAUCUCUCUAACCAAGCAGAAGAAGACAUCCCCUCUUGUAAACGGAUCCCCAGAGUUACACUUAGUCACUGGAGAUUCCAGGACGGUGGUCUCGGUACUUUGAUGCAUUCUCUUACGCUACCUGGAAGUCGUUACCAUGUAACUUUUGAUGUUCAGUUGGACGGUCUCCAACUCUCCUUGAUAGACCCGUACGGAAGUUCCAGUAUCCUGAGGGUCCGGAGUCUAGAGGGCGGAAAUCCCAACCAGGACCAAGACUUGGUUUUCGAGAACGACAUGUACCUCAGAGAACUGGAUACAUUCAUUAUAGCUGUUCGUCAAAAGAAGCAAUCCCUAAUCAAAAGUUCUUACGAAGACGCCAUGAAAACAUACGAAUUUACCUGGGCGAUACGGCGACAGGGAGAGGCCAAAAUGAAGUGA